UCUCCACGUUAAAGUUGUGUAGCAGGGCCGCCGGUUUUCUAAUUAUGGCUGACCAAGUAUCAUCGAUGUGUGAGCAGCUAAUUAAAGCUGUAAACGUGAUGAUGGAUGGAGAAUCUAAUCAGCGAUACCGACUGGAGGCUCUAAAGUUUUGUGAGGAAUUCAAGGAGAAAUGUCCAUAUUGUGUACCCUGUGGGCUUCAGUUAGCUGACAAAUCCCAGCCAGCAGUGGUGAGACAUUUUGGAUUACAGAUAUUGGAGCACGUCAUCAAGUUCAGGUGGAACGACAUGUCACAGCAUGAAAAGGUCCAACUGAAAAACUAUUCCAUGGAUUUGCUGACAAAUGGCACAUUUCCCAUCUUGGAGGAGGAGAGUCAUAUUAAAGAUGCUCUGUCCCGAAUUGUGGUUGAGAUGAUUAAGAGAGAGUGGCCUCAACACUGGCCAGAUAUGCUUAAAGAGAUGGAAACACUUACUUCUUUUGGGGAGACACAGACAGAACUUGUGAUGCUGGUUUUGUUGCGCCUGGCUGAGGACGUCAUCACGUUUCAGACUCUCCCGGCACAGCGCCGAAGAGACAUCCAGCACACACUAACACAAAAUAUGGAUCGCAUCAUCUCCUUCAUCCUGACCAUCCUACAGCGGCAUGUAGAUGGCUACAGAAGACUGAAAAAAAAUCCAGGACAGGAAUUAAAGGCUAAAGCUCACUGUCGAGUUGGCGUGUGCACCCUAAACACAUUGGCUGGCUACAUCGACUGGGUGGCGAUGGUUCACAUCACCAACAACAACUGUCAUUUACUGGAGAUUCUGUGCUUGCUCCUGGGUCAACCAGAGCUUCAGCUGGAGGCUGCUGAGUGUCUGCUUAUUGCAGUCAGCAGGAAAGGCAGACUGGAGGACAGAAAGCCCCUCAUGUUGCUGUUUGAUGAUGUUGCCAUGCACUACAUUCUCUCAGCUGCUCUGUCGGCCGAAGCGGAACUCGGUGAGUCAAGAUACAACUUCUUAAAGAGGUUAUGCCAGGUUCUUUGUGCUUUAGGUGCUCAGCUCUGUGCACUAGUGGGCGUGGUGCCAGAUGUAGCCGUUCCUGCUAACUUGAAUAAAUUCAUGGACGCAUUCUUGGCCUUCACUACCCACGACAGCCUGUUCCUCAGGUCUUCCACACUGGUCACAUGGGGAAACUUGUUCCGACAUGAAGUGCUCAUGAAAAAUCCAGUCGUCAUAGAGACGGCUAUUACGUUCCUGAAAGUGAGCAUGAACAACCUUUUGAGGACAGGAUUACCUUCGAGGAACGACAACCCUUCGUGUGAAUUUAGCCGGAUAGACUUCGACAGUGACGAGGACUUCAACGCCUUCUUUUCUUCUUAUAGGGCACAGCACGGGGAAGCUAUUCGUCAUGCUUGUAAGCUCGUUCCACUUGAAGCUUUCCAGUAUGUUGUGGAAUGGUUACAGUAUCAGAUCAGUGCUCCCAUCGACACUGGAAAUACUCCGUCUAAAUCAGGAGAAGGUUUCUGCUCUGCCCUGUCACCCUCGGCUGUGCAGUGGGACGCCAUGACGUACUAUGCAGAAAGUGUGAUGGGAAUGCUCUUUAAAGUCCUUGAGAAAGAGAAGCUGCCGGUUGACCAAGGCAUAGAGCUGCUGCAGGCUAUAGUGAACUAUGAGACUCGGGAUCCACUGAUUUUGUCCUGCCUCCUUAGUAACCUGUCCAGCCUCUUCCCCUUUGUCUUACAUCGGCCUGCAUUUCUGCAUCGAGUCUUCCUCAAGUUAUUUCCUGCUAUCACGUUUGAAGUGAUUGAAGAAAGCAAGGCUCCUCGAACUCGAGUGGUGAAGAAUGUCAGAAGACACGCCUGUUCUUCAAUCAUCAGAAUGUGCCGAGACUAUCCAGACUUUAUACUGCCCUGUUUCGACAUGCUUUACACUGAAGUCAAGAAGCUGUUUGUUAACGAGCUCCUGCUGACCCAGAUGGAGAAGUGUGCUCUCAUGGAGGCUCUGGUGCUGAUCAGCAACCGGUUUAAAGACUACAACAAGCAGAAGACCUUCUUGGAGGAGCUCAUGGCUCCUGUAACAACCCGCUGGCUUUCGGACGAGAUGCGCAGUGUAUUGUGGGAUCCACUUGGCUUCCUGAAUUAUGUUGGUGCUGAUCAGGUUGUCACCAACCCCGAAAGCGAGUCCCAAAUGGGACUCAACAGAUCAAGGAUUAGUUUUUGUGUGUACACCAUCAUGGGCGUAGUGAAGCGCGCGUACUGGCCUACAGACCUAGAGGAAGCCAAAGCUGGCGGGUUCGUCGUUGGUUACACAUCUACCGGAGCUCCAAUCUUCAGGAACCCCUGCACAGAGCCAGUGCUCGCCCUUCUUCCAAAUCUACUGGCUCUCAUAAGGACCCACAACAGCUUAUUUCUGCCAGAGAAUAUAUCUCGUCUUAGUGAGACCUUUAAGCGGUCGUAUGACCUCUUGGAUGUGGAAAAGAAUCUCAUUUUAGGAACCACCCUGCCGGUAUGUGAAACGUACGACACCCCGGUGUACAGAAGUGCACUAGAGCGCAUGCAGGGGUUCUUCUGCGCUCUCUAUGACAACUGUUACACGGUGCUGGGGAACGCUGGCCCGACUCUGUCGCAGGACUUUUACACAAUAGAAGGAUUGGCUGAUCAGUUAAAGGGAUCUGCCCUCAUUCACCUGGAACAUGUUCCUGACUACAGGCUCCGUCCCUUUCUCCGGGUGUUCUUGAGACCAGUGCUCACUGCCUGUCCUCCAGAAUAUUACGAGAGUCUACUUUGCCCGAUCCUCGGUCCAAUGCUUUCUCACCUGCUGCAGAGACUGAAUCUUAGGUGGGAGGUCAUCAACCAAAGAACUGUUUGUCCAGAUGAGGAUGAGACUUAUCAAGAGGACCAGGUGUCUCAGGAGAUGCUCGAAGAUCGACUUGUGCGACUAGUCACACGAGAGGUCAUGGACGUUAUCUCUGCAUCAUGCAUAUCAAGAAAAACGCCAGAACCAGCAGCAAACAAGGAGGAGGCAGAUGGAGACGAGGAGAUGAUGGCGACUGAUUCCUCUCAACUAAACAUGGCACAGACUGGAGAGGAACUGACUGAACUGGGCAGAUUUCUACUCAAACAUGAGGAUCUCUACAUGACACUGCUAGCUUUUGUAUUUAGUUCACUUUCAUGGAGGGACACCGGUAACUGUCAGCGGGCUACUGGGAUUUGUUCUGCUUUACUGAAACAGGUUGUAGGGGAAAAUCUGCUUCCGGACGCCGUCACAUGGUUUUACACCAGAGUGCUGAGUGGCCUCCAAAUGCAUGGUCAGCAUGACAGCUGCAGUGCUGCACUAACGCAGCUCGGCUUUUUCAUCUACGAUACUCUUCGACCAAAGUACCCAGAGCUGCGCACCAUCAUGAGCCAAAUUCCCGGCGUCAAAGCCGACCUUUUGGAACAGUUUGACCAGAGAACCAUCAACCCCAAACAACAGAAAGUUGGAGACAAGAAGAGGAGAGACCACUUUAAGAAGCUGAUCGCAGGCGCAGUGGGGAAACCUCUUGGGCAGCAGUUUAAAAAGGAGGUUCACAUUAGAAACCUUCCUGCUCUCUUUAAGAAGGUAAAAGUUUCCCAAAACAUCAUGGACAAAAGUGAAAAUGCUGGACUGGUUGCUCUCUUCACACCAGAUGAUCAUCUUGAUGAUCAUUAAGAGUAUUUUUUUAUUUUAUUUUAUUUUUUAUUGUUUAUUUGUUUGUUUUUUUACGAUCAUUUGAAUUGAUCACAUCCAGUCUAACAGGCUGUUUCACGGUGUUCUUUAGAUUCUAGUUUUGUACCCAGUGUUGAACAGUGUUGGCUGUGCAUAAUAUGGGUUCUUUUUCAGCCAAUCAGGGGAUUCUGUGUGUUUCAUCGACUGAUGUUGUCAUGAGGCCGUAGCAACGGAAUCGCUUGUUGUUUCAGUACGCUGGCUUUAAAAAAAUAUUACCCAACCAAACGAUUCUCCAAACGAUUCAAUACAAAUGUGCUGACUUGCUGCUCAAUCCAUCAGGAUGCUCAACUAAGAUGGAUUAGCGUGUGACUCGGACAGGAGGAAACCUGUGGAACCCGAUUGGGUCCCAUGUGUCAGUUUUGGGAUGUUACAUUGCAUUUAGUAAUUGAUUCGUAUAUUGCAAUUAUAGCAACAAUGCUAAAUACGUCGGAUUGUUUUCAGCUCAGAUUUCUAAGUCUCACCCUGACCACGCCCACUUUGUAAAGCAACGCGAGCAGCACGUUUCUGGUGUGACUGGACCUUGAAUUUUUUAAACGGUGAGGCGAGUUGAUGUAUAAAGUGGACUCUGGUGAAGCUCCUGCUUGGUUGGAAGGAAAUGCAGAAAUCUGUCGAGAUGAAACUGAUGAAGAGAAGGAGACCUGAAGUAUGGACAGAAACACAGGAGUUUAUGUGUAAAGCAGAUUUUUACUGGCAUGGUCGACGUUGUAAAUGUAACCUGGGACUACAUUCCAUCAAGCUUGUUCAAUUAGUAUUAUUAUUUUUUAUUUUAUUUUAAACACUAAUUUCAGUGAUUUGUUUGUGUACUGGAGACAGUCUGUUUAAAAGUGCUGUUUUUCUGUUUCAGUGUUUUUAAAUAAAUGUGAACAUGCUGGUCAUCUAUAGAGGACAUGGAUGUUUUUAACCCUUUAAA